AUGAUUCGGUCACAGUUGAGGCAGCUUGCCCAGCAUGGAGACCGUGCCUGGAUGGGCAUGACGAUGCCUGUCCGCCAGUUCUCUGCCUCUUCUGCGGCUGCUUCGGAGGGUCCAAGUCCGCCAGCAGCUCAAGGCCAACCCAAACAGAGACCGGCGACAUCGGGCCCCCCUCGCAAGCCUCGAGCUUCCAGCAGACCCCCCGGCCCCCCAGGAUCCCAGAACAAGCCCCGUCCAGCAGCCCGGGCAAUCGAUGCCAGGUCAUUUGCUGCACCCCGUGCUGGUGGUGAACCUCCCAAGAUCAUCCGCAAGCCUAGACUCCGCACUGGACCGCCUGGCAAGCAGAUCCCAGGUCGCAAGGGCAAGCCCGCUGGGAAGGCUGGUCAGAAGCCCCGUCGGAAAAACCAGAACCGCCGCUCAGAACAUGAUAUCGAUGACGAUGAGGCUACCGCUGCUGCUAUCAAGCAACUCGAGCUGGACGCAGAGUCCAAGGGUCGUCCGGUGCCUAUCCGCUAUGAGCCCCGGGAAAUUGAUUUCUCUACACUGAAGGAUACUUGGCCCUCACUGCCGACGGAUGUGAACGCCCGCUCCGCUGCUGUUCUGGAGAAGCUUUCUACCCUCAGUGGACGCUUCCCUGGCGGCUAUGUCCCGCCCUAUGAGCUUGGCCGGCGUCUGUGGAAGGGACAGAGCGUUUUGUUUGAGAGUGAGGCUGAGAAGGCUCAGGCCCUGGAGGAAGUCAAGCGCCUGUCCCAAGAACGUGCAGACAAGAUCUCUUUGAAGAAGGGAGAGACUGUCAAGCCUCGUGAUAUCAAAUUCAACCCCGUCAGUACGGAACACACACAAAAGUUGAUGGAGACCUUUGUGCAAGGAAAAUAUCCCGCUUUGGAGACUAGCAAGGACCAGCCAGCUAUCAUGGGUGACGUGUUGAGGAAUAUUCGCAAUAACGCAACUUAUCAAACAGCUGGCAAGCGACCCCAGUUCCUCGCCAAGGUCGAGUCUCUGCUGGCCUCCAGUCGCGUCAAGCGCUCCUAG